AUGGGAACCGAGAACCUUACAUUUGUGGCAGACUUUAUCUUGGCAGGACUCUCCAGUCAUCGGAAGACACAGAUGUUUCUUUUUUUGGUCAUCCUCCUUGUAUACUUGCUUUCUCUUGUGGGGAAUCUGAUGACGAUCCUUCUGGUACGAACCAACUCCCACCUCCACACCCCCAUGUACUUCUUUUUGAUGCACCUCUCCGGACUGGAGAUCUGUUAUGUCACCACCACCUUGCCCCAGAUGCUGGCUCACCUUCUGUCUGGAAAUGGAUCCAUCUCCUUCACUCGUUGCAUGUUCCAGGUGUACAUUUUCCAGUCUUUGGCUGGGGCUGAAUGCUUUCUACUGGGCGCCAUGGCUUACGACCGCUAUUUGGCCAUCUGCCACCCUCUGGUAUACACUAUUGCAAUGGACACAUGUCGCCAGUGGCAACUUGCUUCCGCAUCUUGGUUUGGUGGCUUCCUCCUUGCUCUGAUAAAUGUUUUAUGCACUCUUCAUUUCCCCUUCUGUGGCCCCAACCAUCUCAACCACUUCUUCUGUGAGCUACCAAUGUUGUUGAAACUUGCUUGUGCUGAUACUCUCGUCUUGGAAGCCAUCCUUUUUGGGACAGCUGGGUUGGCCAUCUUGGGCCCCCUGAUUGUAAUCUUGACAUCUUAUGGACUCAUUCUGUCCUCUGUGUUACAAAUGACGUCUACUUCAGGACGUCAUAAGGCAUUCUCCACCUGUGCCUCCCACUUGGCAGUGGUCACCUUGUACUAUGGCACCACCUGCUUUAUGUACUUGAUACCCCGGGCACGCACAGUCCCGGAUCGUGAUAAGAAGAUUGCUGUCCUUUAUGCUGUAGUCACCCCUCUCCUUAACCCUAUCAUUUACACUUUGCGGAACAAGGAUAUCCACAAGGCAGUGGUGAAGAUGUUGGAAAGAAAAUCUUUUGAAUAA